GCGCGCCGUGCCCGCGCCUGCGCGGAGCGCAGCGGCGUCAUGGCGGUGCCGGGCGGAGGUGCCAAGGACGACACAUUCAACGUGCUGGACCUGGCGGAGUACACCAAGAACCGGCCAUGGUGGCGCAAGAUGUUCGCCCCCAGCUCGGGGUCGAGCGCUGAGAAGUACAAUGUGGCCACGCAGCUGGUGAUCGGAGGGGUCACGGGAUGGUGUACUGGAUUCCUCUUCCAGAAGGUUGGAAAGCUGGCAGCAACAGCAGUGGGAGGAGGCUUUUUCCUACUCCAGAUUGCAAACCACACAGGAUACAUCAAGGUGGACUGGAACCUAAUACAGCGGGACAUGAACAAAGCCAAGCAGCAGCUGAAAUUUCACACCAGUGGUGACAAAAUGCCUCCAGAAGUGAAAAGCAGAGUGGAUGAGGUGGUCAUAUUUCUGAAGAAGAAUGCUAUCCUGACUGGAGGGUUUGCUGGAGGAUUCUUGUUUGGAAUGGCAUCCUAGAAGCUGCACUCUCCUCUUGUGCCCAACCUCCCCUCCCCUACUGCUGUUAUCUCUCACUUAGAAGUCAAAGGAUGUUGCCAACAGACUCAGUCCCAUCUGCUCACAGGUUCCAGCCCUUAUUUCUUACAAUGCUGCUUCUGAUUUCCACCUUUUUCUUCUGUCUGGGCUGUUAGUGUGCUGGGCUUGGUCUGGAAGCUCACAACUCCCAGUGUAUCAUGAUUUCCCUCCAAAUACGCCCAGACUCAAAUUUUUUAACGAGUUUCAACUUCAUAAAAAUGUAGUGGCAGAGAAACCUCUUAAAUGUGCUUCUUGCAGGUGCUCAGGACUGUUAUGUGUACCUUUGUCUGCCAGUAUGUUGUGUCAGCUCUUCACUACAAUUUAGCUUUCAGUAUUCCUGCCCUGGUACCUGGAACACCUCUGCUUCCCUCUGCACAGAGGUGAUCUGUGCAAUCCAUGAUGUGGUGGAUGCAGAGGUGUCAAAGCUGCCUGAGCUGUAUCCAGGACAGGGGAAUAUGGAUUUUCCUGCCCUCCCCCUGCUGUUUCACUGCACAUAGGUGGCCAUUUGGCUUUGUCUCUGUUGGUGUCCUUCCCCAUACUGGAAUUGCAGCACUGGCACUGCUGAUGGAAACUGAGCACUGAGGCUGACUCUCCAAGCCCUUUUCUCAUCAUGUGUUCUGAAAGUCACCAAGUUCUGUUCUGCAGAACCACCUGACUGCUCAGCCCUUGAGGCUCUCUCCUGCGUCCAGCAGGCCCAGCCUGGCUGUGUCACAUGGGGGCAUUUCAGCUGUGCCACUUACUGUAAAUCACUCUGGGCCUCUGACUGGGCUUGCCAUGUGUGCCACAGCCUUCUCUGGUCACUUUGGCAUUGGUGAUGCUCCUUGAGCUGUAAUCAUGUGGGACAGGAUUGUAGACAGGAAAUGCAUCCCUGCUCAGGGUACACUGGACUGGUCCAGGUCUCUGUUGCCAGCUGUACUGGAGAAAGGAGGAUGAUGUGAAAUCUGGAGUGCAGUCCUUUACUUGCCUCUGAAGAGCACAAAUUCCUUCUCCCUGGUCUCUGCAAGCAACUGAAAUGACAAAACUUCAGUAAAAACCAGACCAUGCUCUUGUGAGAGCAGUUCAUUUCAUAUCUCUGCCUCAGUUAUGUUCCUUCCUUCUUUGUGUUUGCCAUUUCCACAAGAAAAGCUGUUUGCUUAACUCCAUCAGCUGCAGCCCUUCUCUUGCAGGAGAUGAGGCUCCCCAGGUGCAGAGCUCAGUCUGACUCAGUGCAGUACAAACAAACAUCCCCCAGGGUAUUCUGCAAGCACAGAGACUUGUCUGACAACGUGGUGAUGUCCUCCAGCAGGUAUAGGUAAGAGUUCUUGCCCAGAAUGUGGGAUUUUAUGUGAAAGUCAGCUCAUCUUUCCAUGGGAAACAUGGUAGGGAGCAAUGGCAAUCAUGGGUGGGUGGUUUGCAGCACCUGGCUCAGCAGCUGCACCCCAUUUCCAGUGUGUGCAAAGGCUUUGUGAUCUGCUGCUCUCAGUGUGGCUGGAAAGGGGAUCCUGCCCUGAGAGCUGCUGGCAGAGCUGAAGUGCUGGGUUCUCCCACCUGAGGGGUUGGAAUGAGCACUUGCAGUUGGUAAUUUUGUUUCAGCUCUGCUGACUGAAGUGUCCCUAUAGGACCACAUUGAUUUAGCUGAGGUUUUCCUCACCUUCAGGAUCUGAAAAGAGGCUGCAGAUAAUCAGGAGAUAGAAGUUGCUGUCUUUGCUUCUGUCCUGCCAUACAUGGCCAAGGAGAAUGAAGGAGCAGCUGGGCUCACAUCCUUUAACAAUGGCCUUCCUAAAGGCCAUCCUGGACUGCAGGAGUGAUGGGAUGCAGCAAACAGGUCUUCAAUAAAUUGGUGUUAAGCAGUGGGGUUACAGACAGUGGUGGGGUUUUUGGGAUUUGGUUUGUUUUUCUGUAGGAUCUGCAGAUGUGAACAUGCAUAAAUGAAUACAUUGGUCUUGCAGAGGAUCUCUUGUUCCUGUAGGACAACAGCAUUGCUGCCCUUUGGCUGGGUGGGCUGCAGAACACAAUUUCUGAGGUGCACUGAUCUCCACAAAGCUGUCUCCAAUGAAAAAGCUCAAAGCAAAUCAUUAACAGACCUUAGGGGUGUUUUUCUGGCUCAAUAAGUCACUACUUCUACUCAGCCCUAGGUGGGGUGAGUUCUGCUCAAGUCCCAGUUUGCUACAGAGAGAAAUGGCCCCGAGAGGGAGCUAAAAUGCUGCUGAAAGGGGAAACAAUCCACAGAUUGAUGCUGGGUUUGAUGUGAAUGUAGACAAGGAAUGGACAAACACAUCAGGAUGUGGCAAAUCUUUCUGCUGUGCUGGUGUUGGGCUCGUGGCUGGCACUGUUUGAUGCUGUGGGGCAGCACUGGAAGCUUUGAUGCUGGAUCAGUCUCUGUGGGGAUGCAUUUUCAUUGCUGCAGGUGCCAAGAUGAGGUGUCCCUUCCCCUCCCCACUCCUGCUCCUUUUAGUGUUGUUUCAACAACUUCUGACAUCUGUUACACUCUGAGAUUUCAAACACAUCAGGCUUUUAAAGUGGUUUUAUAUAUUGUAUGUAAAUGCUUGUUGAAGUGAUAUUUUAUUAAACAGUUUUGCUCUAAA